UUGCUUUAGGUAAAAUGUCGGUUCCAGGACCUUACCAGGCAGCUGCCGGGCCCUCCUCGGCGCCAUCCGCGCCCCCGUCCUAUGAAGAGACGGUUAACAGCUACUACCCCACACCACCAGCCCCCAUGCCAGGGCCAGCCACGGGGCUCGUGACCGGCCCGGAUGGGAAGGGUGUGAACCCCCCUUCGUACUACACCCAGCCAGUGCCCGUCCCUAAUGCCAAUGCAAUUGCUGUGCAGACGGUCUACGUGCAGCAGCCUGUCUCCUUCUUCGACCGCCCCGUCCAGAUGUGCUGUCCUUCUUGCAGCAAGAUGAUCGUGACACAGCUGUCCUACAACGCCGGGGCCCUGACCUGGCUGUCGUGCGGGAGCCUGUGCCUGCUUGGGUGCAUAGCAGGCUGCUGCUUCAUCCCCUUCUGCGUGGACGCCCUGCAGGACGUGGACCACUACUGUCCCAACUGCAAAGCUCUCCUGGGCACCUACAAGCGCUUGUAGGACACGGCCGGACCGGGAGGGAGCAGGGUGCCACGGGAGGGCCUCUCAGACCCUCAGCUAGCCCACACCUGGUGGAGUUUCUGCUCGUGUGGCCUUGUCUCUCCAGGGGGCCUGCCCUUGUGUCUUCUCUUGGGGGGGAUGUCGCAAAACUAACAAACCUCCAAACCCCAGACACUGCUGCUUGGAGUCGUGCCCGGGACAUGCAAAGACGGUUCCUUGAGUGUUGGCUCAAGGGUUUCCCACCUGCCCGUGACCCUGAGUCACCCCAUCUGACUGUGGGCCUUGCCCAUCUGAAUAUCUUCCUGUGAUUGCCAUCAGCUGGUGCCUUUUCCUGCCUCAGUGGGCCUUACUGGUGGUCUCAAACAGAAGCCAUGGGCUGCCUUAUUUUUGAACUUGGCUGAACCAGCCUUUGGUGCCUACUGUCUUACCCACCUGUCCUCACCCCCCAUGACAAAAAUCUUGCCCUAUAGACUUCAUGGGCUUGGCUUCUCAACUCUGCCACUGCAGACUUGCUUAGCACACAUGCUCGUUUUAAUUCCUUAAUUUUUUCUUAAGUACAAGGAGGGGCUAUGAACACCCACAGACACCCACAGACACACAUCCCUGAGCAUGCCAGAAGAGUCGAGCUGGCUUUGUCUCUGGCUUACCUUCACCUGUUUCUUUGUGCCGAUGCCCAGCCCUGCUUCACGUGAAGGGCGUUUUUUCGUAUAGGGUAAUUGUAGUCACCAUUUUUAUAACCUCCUUCUGGUCUUAAACUCCUUCAAACAUAAUUUUGAACAGGGAAUUUAUAAAACCAUUUUCUGUAACUCUGUGAUUGGUGUCAUUUUCCCAUUUGCCAGUGCACUUUCACUUUUAUUUUUUAAACAGAAAAAGAGAUGGAUUGUUUCCUCCACUGCCUUUGCUUGGGGCUAGUGUAGUUCUUAAAAACCUCCAACAUGGAACCCUCAAAGUGGGGCCUUUUUGGGGGUCCCAGUGGUGGUAGGCUUGGAAAUGUCUAUCUGUGUAUGUCUGGGCACCAUAGUGCUGGAAGGCUCGGGCACCAGAACUUUUUCAAAAGAAUUUAAAGUCCAAUUUUAUUUUUCAAAGACACAAUCUGUUUUACCACAACAGAAGACAUCUCUAGAACUCAGGCUGCAAACCAGAGAGAGUUCUGGGUUGACUGCUGUGUCUUCUUUGAGAUCAAGACAAAGCUGGGCUCAACUAUCAAGACUUCCUGUUUUGACAAUAAAUGGGCACCGGGGACUCAUGUGAAUAAUAUUGUGUAAAAAUAAAACCUAGACCUUGAACGCAAAUCUAUAUAUUGGUUGAAAAUUAUAGUCGUAACCAUUGAUUGACUUUAUUCAUUUGGUGUUCAGAAAAUUUCAGUGAUUUUUUUUUUUUUGGCAAUAAAUAUAGAUACCACAUAGUACUUUGGUGUUAUCUACCUUUAAAAAAUAAAGUAUUUGGUUCACUCAGUGAA